GCUCCCGGCUUACGUAAGAAGCGAGUCCGGCCGCGCUGGUGGCCGGGUAGAGACGGCGCCGCCCAGGGAGAUCCUGGCUAAGUCUGGCCGCGCUCCUUUCCGCCGAGGGGUGGCAGGCGAAUCCCCGCUUGCGGAGGGUGCCGAGGCAGGGGCUGUCGGGCAAAGUGCGCGCGGGCUGCCGUCCAGGCCACCCUUUCCCCGCCAAAGCCAUGGCUUCCAAACUCCUGCGCGCGGUCAUCCUCGGGCCGCCCGGCUCGGGUAAGGGCACCGUAUGCCAGAGGAUCGCCGAGAACUUUGGCCUCCAGCAUCUCUCCAGCGGCCACUUCUUGCGGGAGAACCUCAAGGCCAGCACGGAAGUCGGUGACACAGCAAAGCAGUACCUAGAAAAAGGUCUUUUGGUUCCAGAUCAUGUGAUCACACGCCUAAUGGUGUCAGAACUGGAGACCCGGAGCUCCGAACACUGGCUGCUAGACGGGUUCCCGAGGACAUUAGUACAGGCAGAAGCCUUGGACAGAAUCUGCGAUGUGGACCUUGUGGUCAGUUUGAAUAUUCCUUUUGAGACACUUAAGGAUCGUCUGAGCCGACGAUGGGUCCACCCUUCUAGUGGGAGAGUCUAUAACCUGGACUUCAACCCGCCUCAGGUGCAGGGGGUUGAUGACGUUACGGGUGAGCCACUUGUCCAACAGGAAGACGACAAACCUGAAGCAGUUGCUGCCAGGCUACGGCGAUACAAGGAUGCGGCGAAACCAGUCAUCGAACUGUACAAGAGCCGUGGAGUGCUCCACCAGUUUUCUGGGACGGAGACUAACAAAAUAUGGCCUUAUGUUUACACGCUUUUCUCAAACAAGAUCGCACCUAUUCGAUCCAAAGAAGCAUACUGAGCCUGCCAUCGGAAGAACCAAGAAGACAUGGUCGUUCACUCAAUCAUGCGUGUAGUCCUGGUGCCCUGGCCAAAUUAGGAGCUGGCUGAGAUAGCGUGCAGCAUCUUUUCUAGUUUAAGUGAUGAAGUCAUGAGGCAAAUCUAGUGGGUAGAAAGAAUUCAUGGAGAAGGAACCCUCCCGCCUUUGAAAAGAAGGUGUAGCUCUGCAGGUGCAUCCCGCCCUUCACGGGAAAGUGAGUACAGUCUGGAUUUCCACCAGUGUUGAGCCCACACUAGAUGGCUGACAGCCACGUGCUGCUCUCAUAGCCUCUGCAUGCGAUGGUGCAGGAAUCUCUGGUUCCUGCCACCUUCCACAGGCUGUUGAACCACAGCACUGUCAGCCUGAGAACUUGAAGAAGGACUGUGGUCCCAGCUUGUCCUCUGCCAUCAUACCCUCGUGAUGACAAUUGAAUAGAUGCUGACUGCGCUCAGUGACUGAUUCUCCACAGUGACUGUUUCUCCCUCCAAUCUUAGACACCCUCGUUUCUGCUGACUGUGUCUUCUCUCGUCUGCUUGCUCCCUCCUCCAUAGGCGAUUCAGUAACAGGAUAGUUUCUGCCUUUAUCCCUCUAACUUCCUCUUUCUACAAACAGAACCAGGGGACUGGAUUCAGUCCCUUCAUCCUGGGAUCUGAGCCAGGCAGAAAGCUUACUUGGUUAAACAGCUUCUCUGACUGUCUUGAACCUACUCUGUACCUUUUAUUGUUUAAAAAAAAAAAAAUUUCCCAAAGUCUUUGGGGAAUUCUCAAAAACAAGGGAAAUGCUCACUUAAGGAAAUGUGGGAUAAUCAUAUCUUCUGCAUAGAUGUAGUAAUCGUAUAGAAAUCACUGGACUAAUGAGAUGGUUUAGGCUUCUUUAGUCAAGGCAAGAUGAAUAUUGAACAUGCUGCUAAAUAUUAAUGCUGACAGUGUGUUUCUUCUGUGAGUGAUCCAAGCAGAUGGUAAGAAGUCAGCAAAGGGAACAAGCCUGUGGGCUUGGAGCGUCUUGCACUAGAUGUACGUUGCGCCUGCACUGAGAAAGACAGCUUUACCAUUAUGGGAACGCAGAGUCUUUUUGUUUUCUUCCGAUUCCAAAGAUGCAGUCUAUAGGUGGCCGUAAAGUCCAGAAAUGAAGAUGCUAAUAUUUUGUCAAUCAUCAUGUCAAUAAAGCAUUUGUUAAAAGACUUCCCCGGUUUCCAGACUUGUUGGCCACCUUGUAUAUAAUUCUUACUCUUCUUUUGGGAAGAAUGAGGAAAUUUCUUCCCGCUGCCUUAAAAAGGUGUCCUGCACCCGCCUGUCCCCAGGGAGCAUCCUUUAUUACUGGUGAUGUAGUGUGACAUCUAGUCUGUGUGGGGGCCGGGUGUGGUGCGGACUUAGCACUUUAGUGGUAUUGAAACAUUACAUUCUGAAGGCGUCCUGUGAAUCCGCAGUCCAGUCACUGCCGUCCGCAUAUUCUGUGUGCUCGUGAGCGUCUUCCUCGCUGUACCGCCUGGACUCCUGUGGUCCUUCUCAGUUGUCCUGCCAUGUGCACGUUCUUUGUCUGCCUUAGUGGCAAUGCAGACCAGCAUCCCUCAUGCUCUCCACACAGAGAAGUCGGGUUGUUAACUAGGUAAGCUUCUGAAGUGCAGGUGCUGCCUGGCCCAGGUCUGUGACCAUCCAGACAUUGUCACAUUGAUGCUGGGCACUUUGGAAGCUUGCACUUGGUUGUUGUCACUUGGUAGGGGUCAGGAGAAACAUUUUUUUCUUUGCGUUUCAAGCUCAAUAGACUAUGGUAGCCACCACGGGGACACUAGGGGUCAGGAGUGUCUGUCUUCUGGUGAGACCAGCAAGAAGGGGCAGAAACCCAUCUUUUCCAAGGUCUGCUGAUUCUCAUAUCCAUUGACCUAAAAAAAACCUGGUUUUCUGUACCAGGCUCGCCUGUUCUUUUGCAGAAAGAGCGUUCAUACUGAAACUGUCUUGCAAAGGUGGAGGGAAAGGGGCAUCUUCUCCUUCCUAUGCCACGCAUGCCUUGGCUUCAGUGGGGGUGGCUUCUGAGACUCCAGUCUGACUUGAAUCACAGACUCCGCCUGGCUCUUCAGUUUGCUCCCCACAAUCAAUCCUCUUGCUUAGAGCUUGGUAAACCCUGCAUGCUCAUUCCUUCAGUAUUUUAAACAAAAAGGUGCUAUGAAGGAGGCCUUCUGAGUGGACUGUGCACUCGCAGGACCUCUAUAAGCAUCUUGGCCAAUCUUCCCAGCAUCCCAUGAGGUGGACGCAGACAAGGAGUCCAGGUUAUGAAAUCUUGCCCAGGGUCUUGAUACAAGUAAACAGUGCAGCUAUGACUCAGUUCCAGGUUUUCCUGCUUCAGAAACCACAGCCUGGUGAGGUCUGCUUGUGGGCUCAGGAAGGGUGGCAGACAUCAUUAGAGUGGCUGUGGGAGACUUGCUUUACCCUCUUUGCUUAAGCAAAGGAAGUUGCUAGAAGGGUCCUCUAAAUACAAGGCACCGAGGCAGGCUGGAUUCAGACCCAGGCGGAUUGGCCUCUGUUCCAGGUGUCAGGAAGCCAUGAAGCCAUAUGAAGAAAGCUUGCACCUAUUAAACCAUGAAAGUCAGCCAUAAAUGCCGCUCCUUAUUUCCGGUGUGGCGCACUGCACAGUUCUUGCCAGAAUGAAUGCCAUCACCUCUGCCUCAGGGCACACCUUGGUUUGAGCAUUCAGUAUGUAGCUGGGUGUGAAGGGGAGAGGCUGAGCCACUGCCCAGAUGGCAAAGGUUCACAUGUGACAUUCAUAGAGUCUAGUGACAGACAACUAUAGGAAGUCAACAAAAAGUUCUUGUUUUUAAAAUCCUUGAAAGGAUCAUCACCUCUCUGGGACUGGGGAACAGGGAAGAAAAUGGACAACUUGGUCUUUGUGGAAGCUACAAGCAAUGUUAGAGCUCCGGGCUCUUUUCUAGUUUUAUGAGAGUUUGUACUACUGAAUUUUAUUUUUGUUUCUGAGAUGAAUAGAUUUCUGGGGGGAAAUAUGUUGAACUCUGAUGGCAUUUCACUGUGACCCCCCGAAGUUCAAGGCAGUCUUCUAACCCAGUACCACCUGUCUGUCUUUGGUUCACUGGCCUGUAAAAAAUGGCGGCUUAAGUUUCCCAGGAGCCGACAGGCCAGCUUCUCUUCAAUGUGAUAAUUGGUGUUCUUGAUUUUGGCAUAUAUGCUUAAUUCAGAGUAUCUGGGUGUGUUCUGUAUAUGCUAUCCUAACUAUUCAUUGUAUUAAUUGAUUUUUCUGUUAUCUUGCUUGAAGAUUGAUUUGUAUUCGAUUUGAUAGAAAUAAACAUUUUUCUGCUUAA